CUCAGUCAUUAAGAAGGUAAAAGCACAAGAUGAAAACCUUGGCAGCUGUGGUUCUUCUAGGCUACCUGCUUGUGAUAAAAGUGGAAGGCCAGGCGAGAGCUCCAAGGAGCAGGUGUCUCUGUGCUGACAAAGGUGUAAAUAUGGUUUCUCCAAAACUGAUUGAGAAGGUUGAUAUCAUACCACCGACCCCUUCUUGUGGAAACCUGGAGAUUGUUGUGACUCUGAAAAAUGGUGCAGAGCCGAAAUGUUUAAGUCCAGAUUCUAAAUUCACACAGAAAUACCUCAUGAAGGCUCUUGAAAAGAGGACCCUGCAGAAGUAACAGACUACAACAAUAAUCCUGAUGUUUUUAAAAGUAAAAAACACAAUGAUAUGCCCAUGCAAUAUUAAACUAUAGCAGAUAUCUUUUUCUUUGACUUUUUUUAUUUUAGGAUGUCUAAAUGCAUCUUCUUUAUCUAAUAAACAUGAUAAUUGAUAUGUGUUGGUAAUUUUUAUGUAACACAAAAUAUGCAUUAUGGUGUCAUAUGUAAUGUCAUAGCAAGUAAAGCAUUUGUGACUGUGAUUUUUUUCUUAUUCUGUGUAGUAAACAAUGCAAAAUAAAAUAAAAA